GCAUCCGGGCUCCUGGCGGCGGCGCUGCGGAGGCUCGUGGGAGAAACGGCGCGCGGGGCGAGUGGGCGGCAGAGCGGACGGCGGCUGGUAGCUCUCAGCGGCCGGCUGGCCUGAGCGCCGCGCGUCCGAGCAUGGCGGGCUCCCUGCCUCCCUGCGUGGUGGACUGUGGCACCGGGUAUACCAAGCUUGGCUACGCAGGCAACACUGAGCCACAGUUCAUUAUUCCUUCAUGUAUCGCCAUCAGAGAGUCAGCCAAGGUAGUUGACCAAGCCCAAAGGAGAGUGUUGAGGGGUGUUGAUGACCUUGACUUUUUCAUAGGAGAUGAAGCCAUCGAUAAGCCUACCUACGCUACAAAGUGGCCGAUACGACAUGGAAUCAUUGAAGACUGGGAUCUUAUGGAAAGGUUCAUGGAACAAGUGGUUUUUAAAUAUCUUAGAGCUGAACCUGAGGAUCAUUAUUUCUUAAUGACAGAACCUCCACUGAAUACACCAGAAAAUAGAGAAUAUCUUGCAGAAAUUAUGUUUGAAUCCUUUAAUGUACCAGGACUCUACAUCGCAGUUCAGGCAGUGCUGGCUUUAGCAGCCUCUUGGACAUCUCGACAGGUUGGCGAGCGUACACUAACAGGGAUCGUCAUCGACAGUGGAGAUGGAGUCACCCAUGUUAUCCCAGUGGCAGAAGGGUAUGUCAUUGGAAGCUGCAUCAAACACAUCCCGAUUGCAGGUAGAGAUAUUACGUAUUUCAUUCAACAGCUGCUAAGGGAGCGGGGUGGAAUCCCUCCUGAGCAGUCACUGGAGACCGCAAAAGCCAUUAAGGAGAAAUACUGUUACAUUUGCCCUGACAUAGUCAAGGAGUUUGCUAAGUAUGACGUGGAUCCUCGGAAGUGGAUCAAACAGUACACGGGUAUCAAUGCAAUCAACCAGAAGAAGUUUGUUAUAGAUGUUGGGUAUGAGAGGUUCCUGGGACCUGAAUAUUUCUUUCACCCAGAGGUAAGCUUUUGCCAACCCGACUUCAUGGAGUCCAUCUCGGAUGUUGUUGAUGAAGUAAUACAGAACUGUCCCAUUGACGUUCGUCGUCCGCUGUAUAAGAAUGUCGUUCUUUCAGGAGGCUCGACGAUGUUCAGGGAUUUUGGACGUCGACUGCAGAGAGAUUUAAAAAGAGUGGUGGAUGCCAGAUUAAAACUUAGUGAAGAGCUCAGCGGUGGCAGAAUAAAGCCUAAGCCCGUGGAGGUGCAGGUGAUAACACAUCACAUGCAGCGCUAUGCCGUGUGGUUUGGAGGCUCCAUGCUGGCCUCUACGCCCGAGUUCUUUCAGGUUUGUCACACCAAGAAGGACUACGAAGAGUAUGGCCCUAGCAUCUGCCGCCACAAUCCUGUCUUCGGAGUCAUGUCUUAGUGUCUGCCUCGAAGUCGCCAUUCGAGAGUGUCACGUUGGGAACAAGUGUCCUUCGGAGCCCAGAGAAGACUGCAGUUCCUGUACAUCCGACGUUUGGUGUGGAGUCUGCGCCGCGAGCUUGCAGCGCCUAGUGCAUGAGGCACAGUGCCGUCUUCGUAAAAGCCAUUUAUUAUGUGCCGGCGUUCUUCUGCCCAUCCUGCCUCCCUCCCUCCCAGCUCCCCCUUUUCUCUCCUCCUUGAGCUUCUAGUUGACAAACACAAUUCUGAAGGAAUUCAAAUGCAACCUUAAAAAUUAUUAGAGAAAAAAAUGGCGUGAAAUAGUCCCCCCAGGAAAUAUCGCGGGGGUGUAAACUGAUCCUCCCAGCUUAUUUUUGUAAAUAAAAUGUUACAAACUUGAAAUACAAAUUGAUGUUUAUAUUUCCUAUCAUUUUGUAUUUUAUGGUAUUUGGUACAACUGGCUGAUACUAAGCACGAGUAGAUAUUGAUGUCAUGGAGUGCUGUAAUAAAGUUUUUAAUUGUAAGGCAUGUUCCGAUGUGUUUAUAGGCAAACAAUAAAGCAGCAGACUUUUUUGCCACAUGUUUGCUAGAAAAUGAUACAGUUUCUUGGGGUGAUGUGAAGUCUGAACACUAAACAGUGUCAUGUGAGAUUUAUUGUGGGUACUGUGUUUAGUGGUGAUGUUUGAGCUCUCUGGAACCGUUUCAUAGAAGAUGAUGGUUCAGUGUUACGUUGGUAAGUGUUGGAUGAAAUGCUACCUUGCACCUUGUAAUAAAAGCUGUUAGAAUCUUUAUAAAUA